UAUAUGAUUUGUACAUCGACUUUCGAUACUAUCGAAAUCGAACUUGAGCGCUACAAGCGUUACGGAAGUCACUUUCCUUUAGCCUACUUGCAUUGGUUGUGUUAGAAAUGCCGCCGAAACGAGGAAAGGUACAAAAAGAAGAGGUUCAAGUAUCUCUUGGACCACAGCUCCGUGAAGGUGAAGUUGUUUUCGGUGUUGCCCAUAUUUUUGCAAGUUUCAACGAUACAUUUGUUCAUGUAACCGAUCUUUCCGGAAGAGAAACUAUCGCACGUGUUACUGGUGGAAUGAAAGUCAAAGCAGAUCGUGAUGAAGCCUCUCCAUAUGCUGCUAUGCUCGCUGCUCAGGAUGUAGCAGAAAAAUGCAAAUCCCUUGGAAUUACAGCACUUCACAUUAAAUUGAGAGCAACUGGAGGUAACAAAACAAAAACCCCAGGACCAGGUGCACAAUCAGCUUUGCGCGCACUUGCACGUUCUAGUAUGAAAAUUGGUCGGAUUGAAGAUGUCACACCUAUUCCAUCUGACUCUACACGUAGAAAGGGUGGUCGCCGCGGAAGAAGGUUAUAAAUCAUGUUU